AUGGAAGUUCCUAUUUUUUCUCCAAAAGGGUAUAUUGCCUAUACAGGUAAAGUAUUUGGCACGGAAUUCCCUUUACAUGGAUCCACCAAAGAUUAUUCUGAAGCGGUGAUGGCAGACCUCUCACAUGAGACCGCACAAAGCAACAGAGAGAAAAAUAGUAGUAGAGUGAUUUAUGGUAAUGAUGCCAUUCUCAUGGAUAGUUAUUUACUAAAACAAAUACAACCCUCCACAUCAGGAUUUGUAACGGUUAAACUUGUGAAUGACACUCUUGACAAGAAUGUACAAGAACGGGGGAGAAGUAGUGGACGUACAGUUUCUCCUAUAAUAUCAAACCGAAACAGUACUGUAGGAGGAAGAGGGAAUUCAAUUUCGGGUUUUAUGGUUUCUACCUUUCAAGGUUCUGCUGCGGAACCAGUGGUAGUUCCUUCUACCUCUUCCUCUUCUUCUUCUUCUGCACGUAUUCCAAUGACUCCGAUUAUAACGUGUAGAUUAGCCAGGAAGAAUUUGUCAAGAUCUUUAUCUCCUCAUAUCUCUAAUACUUCUGAUGCUUCAUCAACAACAUUUGUGCAAUACUUUAAGGAAGCUGUGGUGGUUCCUCUGCAAACGAUGCGUUUCCUUGGUGCGGAGGAAGGAUCAAUGAUUCGUUUUGAAUUUCAUGAUGAAAGAGUGGUAUCACCAGCAUCCAGUGUGGUUUUCAGUCUAACAUCACAGAGUGUAGGAGAUGAAGGUUCAUUUGAUACAUACUUACGUCACUUCAUUGCACCUUUUUUUCUUCAACAAAUACGUGCUGUUAGUCUUGAUGAGGAGUUUGAAUUUAAAAACCAUGACCGUGGUGAUCUACACAUUACAGUCGUAUCUAUCAAUGAUGGGUACGCAAGGUGUGCACUGAUAACGGACACUACACAUAUCCAUCUCGUUAUUCAACCAGAGGCUCCACCCAAUUUACAGGGACAACGUAAUCUCUCUGUACCGCGCAGUGUCAGUCAUGAACGACGAUCUUCUUCCGCCUACAAGAACAACAGUAAUAACAACAGCAUGAACAGACAUAAUAACCAGAACAGGAAUCAUAAUAACAACAACAGCAACAGUAUUAUCCCCUUAAGGGAUUCCACACAUACACGAAACACCACCCAACGAGAUGGGGAAGUAUCACCCCGUCCAACUAUACCCGCAUCUGUACAAGAGACUACACAUCGGCGGGCCAGUAUUGGUGCGGAACCACACAGCGCAGCCGCACUCUCCGCAUAUGCUCCACAGUCUGUGGAUAAGGGUCAAGUGAUUGUAGUAGAGAAGAGAGAACCACCCAUGCGCAGACCUAUACCAGAAAAGGAUCUAGAGAGGGAGAGAAUUGCAGACAAUAGGAAUACUGCUAAUAACACUCCAGUUAUUCUUAUUGGAACUUCUCAAACUGUUGCUGAUGCUGGUACAUUACCUGUUAUGUUAACAAAAAAAGAAAAUUAUCAGAUGAAAAGAAUACCAGUGGAAGGUCCAAAAGAUCAUAACACACCACGAACCCCUGAACAAGUUCAGAUAAAGGAGGACUCAUCAAAUGUACCAGACAGUGAGGAAAAAGCGAGUUGUAGAGAUAAGGAAGAUUCUUUAGUUCAUGUCUUGAGGACACCAGCGGAGAUGGAGGAUAUUCUCUUGCAGCAAAAUAGCGAAAAACUCUCCCAUAAUCUUGCUACAACUAAUUCUGAUGCUGUUAUGAAUGCUACUACUUCCACCAACACUACCACCACUACUGUAAUUGUCACUCCUCAUGAUAAACAGAAAGAGGAUAUAAACUUUGGAAUGCAUGUUUCUAUGGACGAUAAAAUGAAGAAAACAGAAAGUUUGCGCUCUAACUCACAUCCAUCCAGUGAAAUCGUCUGGCUUUGCCAUCUGACGGGACAGGUAAGAUCAUCGUCAUCAUCAUCAUCAUCAAAUCAUUAUCCGAAGAAUUUACAGGAUAAAUUAAACGUCUCUCUUCCACAAGAUACAGAAAGUGAGGAUAAUCGUUUGAUGAAGCUACAAGAAAAAAGUGACUCACCUAAUGAGAAAUACUACUAUGUGGAUACACCAAAGUCUUCUCUGCAUCCAUUUCCAGAAGAGAACGUAGACGUUAUGCAGCAAGAGGAAGAAAAUCCUUAUCAUUCUUCUCCUCAUGCAAGCACUACUGAAGUUUUUGAGGAAGCGCACGAUCAAGGUGGAUCGGAAAAGAUUCCACUUGGACAAUGUAAUGCCUGGACACAGUAUGAAGUACCCGAUGAGGAAAUAUCUCAUCAUGAGGAUCAGAACCGUUUUACGCCGCACACAGACAAUGACACAAAGUCCAUCAUUUCAUCUGUUAAAGAAGAUCAACGUGAGAGAACACAAAAACCCAGAGAUUCUUUAUCUGAACAUGAAGCCGUAAAAACAGUAGAUAAUAUCUCUUCAUAUAAUGCAUCGGAGCUUCCAACAAUGCAGCAACCUAAUGAAGGAAUAAAGACUACUAAGGAUCCAGAUCGCAAUCUCUUAGAAAAAGCCAACAAAGUUGUUCAAGAAUGGUUAUCAGUAAAAAAAGAAUGGGAAUCAUUGCCUAUAAGUCCUUUAUUAAAACGUGAACCAUAUAUCAUUAUCAAGAUGUUUCAAUACUUUGUUGCCAUUUAUAAAGAACUUAAGCAACGACACGCAGACUGUAUCGCUUUUCUCGAUUCUCCUUAUGGACAUACACUUCGAGGAGGAAUGGUGGUUCGUAUUUCUCUUCUUGUAGUAUCAGAUGAUGAUGGAGGGAAUCAAGAUCCUUUCUGGGGUCCUAAAAAAAUACAUUAUUACAGUGAUAUCAAUACUUCUACAGAAAAGAAUGAUGAUAUUAGUGCUUACGAGUCAAAUAGUGAGGCUUCAUCGGUUACCAAGGCUUCGGAUCUCCUUAAAGUAAGUUUGAACGACUUGAGUACAGCAUUAGGUUGUGAAGUUCUUCACGUCUUUCGUGUUGGUGGAACUUGUCCUACUUUGUAUUGCACACUUGUCAAGCCAUACACAGAUGGUCCGGAUGAAAUCGUACUUCUAGGUGAAUCAUGUCCUGUAGAAGUCUUACAUACCACUAUUUUGGAGGAUUUGUGUAGAGUACGAGAAGAAAGUCGCUCGGAAUGGAUGGAUCUCUCUAUACAAUGGACAGAGGCAAUCUCUAGUGUGUUGCGUCUUGGUAUAUUUGCAAAACAUCUACAAACUGUACGGGAGUUAUUCUGGGAACUCGCAUUCCUGCUGCGGCAUCCUGGUGAAGUGCGGCACAGUAGUAAAUACCAGCGAAGUGUAAGCCAACAGAAUCCUACACAAAGUUUUAAUAGUGGUAACAGUGAAGUACAUGAUAAUAGUAAUCAUGAAAGAGAAAAUGUAAAUACGGAAUCUGGGCAAAGUCGAUCCGAGUCAGUGGAUGGAAAUAAAGUCAAUACCUUUACAGAAUAUGAGGAGUUUAUCCCUUAUUUACAGGAGUUACAAGAUACUUACUACCUCUAUUCUGAACUUUUAGAACCUUUUGCUCUUCAAUCAUUACAUCAGUUGGAUAUGGUUGCGGCUGCCACAGAUGUAUCACAGUGUGAGGAGUUAAUGAGAUUCCUCCAAGUUAGUUAUCAAGCACAAGAGGUUGAAGAGAACAUGCAAGAAGAAGGAGAAGGACCUUUUCUCUCUUCAUUAUCGUUAUCACCAGGAGUAGAGGAAGAGCGAUCCGCUUUCAAUGGUUUAAUUAAGGCACGCAAAGCAGGUGCAAUUAUGCCACUUCCUCGUGAAUGGUGGGAAAGUAGCAAUACCACAAAUAAAAAGAAAAGUCAUUCAGUUUAG